CUGGUUUCCAAAACGAAUUAUCUACUUUUAGUCUGCUUAAUUGAACAGAUUAUGUCCCUCAGAGCCUCUGGGCUCUUUGUCUCUCUACGGAAAGUCAAUGAAGCUGGAAACUAUAGGGAUGAGAUCCGAGAUAUUUGCGAUGUUUCAAUGGAUACUCGACUCAGCAGCCGGAAAUUUCAGUUUCUGUUUGGCCAGGGCAAUCCGACCAGAUGUGAAGUCAAGAACGCUCUCUGGAGACGAACGCCAACCCGACUCUGAUUCCUACGCGCUCACGUGAUUUGGAUGUUAGAUUAACUCUUCUGCCAGGGUUCCGCAUAGCUAGCGACGACGGAUACAUCCGCCCCUGAAUAAAUAAUAGAAUGAGAUGUUGGUGCAUUCCAUGUGCAGCAAACGACGCACCCCGUUCUCGUAUACAUCUCAGAAGCCCCUCGACAUGCUCUCGAUGAGCGGGAUGUGCGUUGCGCAGGAUCAGCUGCCGCACGGCACUCCACCCGAAACUCAGAUUGGCGUGCACACAGGCCGUGACAACCGGAACGGUAUCGCCGGCAUCGACUUCGAUCGUUGACCAGUUGGCUGGGAUGCGGAAGGAUGCAGCACCGGCAAGGUUGUAGUCCAGGUACUUUGAGAACGAGAGCGCCUGGAAUCGGACAGAGUGGAGGAGGGGGAACAUGCUUGCCAGACUCAAAGGGAUCGCCGCGUCGUGGAAGGAGCAAGAGUCGAUAUGAAUCUGGCGGAUGCCUGACAGCGUCGACAGGCUCCGGGCCAACUGUGCCUGGGACGCAGGUGGAAGACGGGUCCAGUCGAAGUUACGGAGAUGGAGAGACUGUGCGCCUGAUAGAAGAGCGAAGAGGGGACUGUUCACGAAGGCCAGAAGUGCGUGGGAUGAACACGGUAAAUCGAGCGCAUCAGAAUCCGACUCCUCCGGCGACGCGUCGAUGCAGAGGGCGAAUACAGACGUUGCCAGUGUGCACUGCGGCGAGAUCAACAGCUUUUGGAAUGCGACGAUGUUCCGCGGAGAGAGCACGAGGCUGGAAAACAUGAUGUGGCGGCUGCGGGGGUUCCAUCCCGGACAGACGAGUCCGCAAGCUCCGAGCGUUCGCGUGUCCGCUGCAGGGGUAAGGGAGUCGAGCACCUGCUCGACGAUUUCGACUGGGAGAUGCGCAGGCAUGGAAGGUGGACGGAUAGGUGGAUGAGACACUGGCCAGCGCGCGCAUAUAUACAUACCAGCUUCAUUCAUACUCGCGUCCGAUGCGGUCAUAUGAUCCACAUAGCACGUAAACUCGGGGCGCUGGAGCGCCAGGUGACCUCAGGACAUUACUUCGAGUCCACUUCGAGCCUUCACCCGGUCGAGGCUGUCGCUUGGCUCGCCCCAGUGCACGUUCGUCCUGGCUGUUAAUAACCAGCACUCACGCCAAGCAAAUGUGCUCCAUUCGUUCAGAACGGAUAUGUUCCGCCGCUGCAUCGCCUGUGUCUGGACAUGUGCAGCUAGCGCGUAUUCCUGUAGAGUCAUCCGCGUUGCACGCCCAAUGCCCUGUCAGCCUUACUUCGGUCACCGACGGCGACACGGAAGGAGAGAAGUGGGAGACAUCACGUGUGCAGCUUCCUGAGUCACGUGUCGCGUAUAUUGUCUCAGUCGAAGUUGCUGUUGAGCUUCUGAGUGUCUGGAGGCCACAUGCAUACUGCACACCGUCGAUUCGCCAUUCACCAGUCUCAUUACGUGCAAUUCGAAUCUGGCCCUCGGGGACUCCCUGAUUGAAUACAUCCCAACGAGCUUGAUUUGGCUUUUAUUUCGGCAUUCGUGCCGUUGGCGACGUUUCCAGACCGCAACCGCGACGCACGCUAGCAUUCGAUGCCCCCUUCCUUCAGCUUCGCACUGGAUUCUUAAGUGACAGCACUCGCCGUCGAGCCAGGACCUUAAAUAAAGUGGCCGGCCGGGGCCGGAGCUUCCCGGGGCACCCUCGCAGCGCAGCCUCCAUCCAGUCUUUCCUUCGCUUCGCUUCGCCCCGCAAGAGGAUCGCUGUCGAUUCGUUCGCCCUCUCUUUCCUCGCACCUUCUCGCGAAGCGUAGAUACCUCGAGCGAAUCCCCGCAGCACACUAUGCAAAUCCGUCCUCGGCUCAAGUCUAUCUUGAAAGACGUCCUCCGCGUUCGGCUGUUUGGCGCCUGCUCCCAUGAACGAGCGCCAGGAGGGGCCCGGAGACAAGAGCCUUCUGGAAUGACCCAAUCUCAGGUUACUACCAGAAAACAUUCAUUUCAGAGGCCGGACUCGCCCGAAAGGAGACGCAGCUCGAUGUGCUCCGGUGGAAGUCGAACGCCGCUGGUUGAGCGCCCGACACGACACCGUAGGGCAUCCUCUGUGUCGUUCGUUUCAAUUCCUCGUUGCUCACAGGGCUGAAGUCUUGGAAGUGGGUUUCAUGGAGAUAGAGGGUGUAUAGAAGUCAUAGAUGGAAACUGUUGCUCGGUUGGUGAACGAACCAAAACGAGCACUGUAGGACUCGAACCUACAACCUUUUGGUAACACGUAGAGCAUCGAAGCCAAACACGCUAGCCAUUGCGCCAAGCACCCGUGGGAGAAGAUUGACAGCGAAAACCUAGAUAAUGAUGAAGGAGCCUGAGAGAGACAAUGAAACCGUGGCUGUGUUUACUUCCAAUCUCUGUCGCUCACGUCGCUAGCGUACCGUACUUAUCCUCUAUGGCCGCUCCUCUCACUAUCACACCCGUCAAUGUUCUUCCAAGCGCAAAAGAGCUUCUCGAAAUCAAGAAGGGCUCCGGCACACCGUCUCUCAAGCCGACGGAUCCGUUCAGCGUCCUCGAGAUGGUACUAGAGGUUGAAGUCGAGCGCAAGCGUGCCACCGAGGCCCUGUCCGCGCGCGACGCCGCCAUCCAGCGUCUCUCUGAAGCCUACGUUUCACUGCGCCAAAAGAUGUGCAUCAUCGACCGCCUGCAGCAACAGUCAUGUCAGGGCAAGGCCGCGCCGAACGAACAAGUCCUCGCGCUAGAAUCUACCAUCAAGAGUCUCCGGGAAGAGCUCGCUGCUGCUGUUAGUAAGGUGAGCGCUGCGACGGAGAUCGCGCAGACCACUGCAACGCAAGAGAACGGGAUUGACCACACUGCGCCUGGUGGCGUGCCCCUCUACCGCCCGUUCUCAGCUCUCGAUAUCAAGACGUCGGACACCCCCAUCUCUCAGCAUAUACUCUACUCUCCGGAUCAAUUGAACGAACCUGAAGACCUUAUCAAAGCUAGACACGACUUUCUGAUGACGAUGCCUCUGCCCGCUGAGCCUCCUGACGACACACUCAAGCCCAUCCUGCUCCCGCCUCCGUUCACGCUGCAUGAGUUUCUCGCAAACGCUACUGGACGUGCAAGUCCCCUUUUCCGUGUUCCGACUGGACCGUCCGCCCGUGCUCACGAAGCCCCCAGACUCAAUAACUACCGCGUGUUCCAAGAACCGACGACUUCCUGGUGCCCAGAGCGGGAGGAGCACGGGUAUAUGCUCAUGCCGCUCUUCAAGUGCACGACCAACCCGCGCGUUACCACCGCCCACCGCUGGAAUGUAAUCGACGUCACGGGGCGCAUGAGCAAGCCGACCGAAUGCUUCUACAACAAGGACGGGAACUGGUACUACGCGGGCGUGUACAAGGGCUUCCGCAUGGCCGAUCUCACGCCGAAAGAGUGGGAUGCACUGUCCGCCGAGACGACCCAAGCGCUUGUCAAGGAGACCAUCGCCGGGCGCAAGAACACAUCCCCACAGAACAUCUACGAGACGUCGCAACUUUACUCGUGCGGCGCCCUGCGCGUCGCCUGUGUCGGCCUGCAGUGUGUCGGGUUCAACAAGCCUCUGUACCACGCCAUUCUCGACCAGGCUGCCAAGUGCGCGUUGGUAGCUGGCAAGUGGAAGAGUGCGGCGACGGCGGGGAUGGUUUCCGGUGCCGCCGCAGGGGCGAGCUUGAAUGCUGGGUUGAGUGGACCGUGGCCUGCGCUCGGCGACGGAGCCAAGUGAAGAUUCUAGAUUGGAUUGCAUUAGACUGGAUAGGAUUGGAUUAGACUGGACGAAUGACUGGCACAAGCUAUCACGUCACAUACAGAAUACAAGGAUGCACUAGUCGCUCAUCGUCACCUCUCACUAUGGCUGUCACU